ACAGACAGGGAGUUAGUGUGUGCAGAUCUGUGUGUGGAGAAGGUAUCUCAUUCCUCUCUAACAUCAUCUCCACUUUGCAUCUGUCUCUCCUAGUCUGCUUUUUUUCCACCGAUCUAACAGACCUGGAGCCAGCAAGACUCAGAGGAAAGGACUUAAUCAGGUUUAUGUGUACUAAAGGUUAUGAAGACAGUAUGGAGUUUCCUGACCACAGCAGACAUUUGCUACAGUGUCUGAGUGAGCAGAGACAUCAGGGUUUUCUUUGUGAUUGCACUGUUCUAGUAGGAGAUGCCCAGUUCCGAGCGCACAGAGCUGUACUGGCUUCAUGCAGCAUGUAUUUCCACCUCUUUUACAAGGACCAGCUGGACAAAAGGGACAUUGUUCAUUUGAACAGCGACAUUGUUACAGCCCCAGCUUUCGCUCUCCUGCUUGAAUUCAUGUACGAAGGAAAGCUCCAGUUCAAAGACUUGCCCAUUGAAGACGUGCUAGCAGCUGCCAGUUAUCUCCACAUGUAUGACAUUGUCAAAGUCUGCAAAAAGAAGCUGAAAGAGAAAGCAACUACGGAGGCAGACAGUACAAAAAAGGAGGAAGAUGCCUCAAGUUGUUCAGACAAAGUGGAGAGCCUCUCCGACGGCAGCAGCCACAUGCCAGGAGACUUGCCCAGUGAUGAAGACGACGGAGAAGAUGAAAAAUUGAACAUCCUGCCUAGCAAAAGGGACUUGGCGGCUGAGCCUGGGAACAUGUGGAUGAGAUUGCCCUCAGACUCAGCAGGCAUUCCCCAGACUGGCGGAGAGGCAGAGACGCACGCAGCAGCAGCUGGAAAAACAGUAGCCAGCCCCUGCAGCUCAACAGAGUCUUUGUCCCAGAGGUCUGUCACCUCCGUGAGGGAUUCAGCAGAUGUUGACUGUGUGCUGGACCUGUCUGUCAAGUCCAGUCUUUCAGGAGUUGAAAAUUUGAACAGUUCUUAUUUCUCUUCGCAGGACAUGCUUAGAAGCAGCCUGGUUCAGGUGAAGGUGGAGAAAGAGACUUCCUGUGAUGAGAGUGAUGUUGGCACUAAUGACUAUGAUAUGGAACAUAGCACUGUGAAAGAAAGUGUGAGCACUAAUAACAGGGUACAGUAUGAGCCAGCCCAUCUGGCUCCAAUGAGGGAAGAUUCAGUCUUGAGGGAACUAGAUAGAGAGGACAAGGCAAGCGAUGAUGAAAUGAUAACUCCAGAGAAUGAGAGAGUCCAGGUGGAAGGAAACAUGGACAGCAGCUUGCUUCCUUAUGUGUCAAACAUACUUAGCCCUGCUGGCCAAAUUUUCAUGUGUCCUCUCUGCAACAAGGUGUUUCCUAGCCCCCAUAUCCUGCAGAUCCAUUUAAGCACGCACUUUCGAGAGCAGGACGGGAUCCGCAGCAAACCUGCUACUGAUGUCAAUGUCCCAACCUGCUCGUUGUGUGGUAAGACUUUUUCUUGCAUGUACACCUUGAAACGUCAUGAGAGGACUCAUUCAGGUGAAAAGCCCUACACUUGCACCCAGUGUGGGAAGAGCUUCCAGUACUCCCACAACCUGAGCCGCCAUGCAGUGGUUCACACGCGAGAGAAGCCUCAUGCUUGUAAGUGGUGUGAGCGCAGGUUCACGCAGUCUGGAGACCUUUACAGACACAUUCGGAAGUUUCACUGUGAGCUGGUGAACUCAUUGUCUGUCAAAAGCGAAGCACUGAGCUUACCUACUGUCAGAGACUGGACCUUAGAAGAUAGCUCACAAGAACUUUGGAAAUAAAAUUUUUAUAUAUAUAAAUAAUAUAUAUAUAAAUCUCUAUAGUUGUGGUACAGUCUAAAAGCAAUCUUGUUUCCUUGAACUGAAAGUUUGGCUAUUAGCUUGUUUUUGCACUUUAAGGCAGCAUGAAUAUUUCACAAAUUUAGCACUCCGAUAAAAAAUGAACUGUAGAGGUAAUCCGACAAAUUGCGGAGCGUAUUUUCCCCCUUUUUGGAAUACAAGUCAGCAGAUACUUUACUUCUAAGAAAUCUCCAGUUCAAAAAAUUUGGGCUUGGCUUUAUUCUCCCCAAAACACUGCAUUAAUUUGAGCUCUCAAUCAUUUCCCUCUUAAAAUCUGAAUGUAGAAUUCCUCUUCCAAUUUUGUCAGUUCCUUUACAUGUCUGUAAUUGCAUGAGUCCUUUCUAGCUGUUGGAAACCUGAAUGCUUUUAGACCCAAAUGGAAAAUUUCUGAAAUGCUGGAUUAUCUAUUUUUAAACAAGCGGUUGACUUACAACUUAUUAUGGCAACUUCUGGAUUUCUGACAGUUCCCACUGGAAAAAAAAAAAAAAAAAGAAAAAACCCUCACCACCACCACCAAACAAACAGACCAACACGACAAACAAACAAAAACCACGAAAAACAAAACCUACAUAAAACCCUGAGAUUACACUGGGAUCACUGGGACUCUGUCUUACGUGAAGGUUUGCUUGGGAUGAAAAAGGAUAUUGCAGCUUCAGCAGUGAUGAACUGUGUGUUUUAAAAAUGUGAAUUACUGUUAUUGUAUACUGUAAUUGAUUACAUGGGCCGGGGGGAGGUAUCAAAGAACUUGGCAGGUUGUGUUGAUGCUCUUAGUUGAGUCUUGAAAAGUAAAUAUUAACGCUACAGAAAUGCAUGAUUUUCAGUAUAUUUUUGUCUUUGUUUGCAUUGUAUAACUUUAACGAGUGAGUUGAAAAUUAUUUAAUUUCCUUAGGAAAAAAAAAAAAAACACCACCGUUGAAAAUGCCGGUGUUACGAAGAAGAGAAAUGCACUGUUUUUAUUUUAUCUAAUUUAAAUUUACUUUCCCACUGUCUUUAAGUUGAGAAGACCUUAAGCUACAAGUCGCCGAUUUAGCUACGAUAACAAGGAAAAAAAAAUAAAUGAAUGUUUACAACCAGGCUUUGACAUUUGCAUGUGCGGUGUGCAUUUACUAACCCCAGACCCCUUCUAAUUGCACAGACCCCACACCAGCUCCAACUGAGGUGCGUCCCAUUUCCCCAGAUGAGCAUUUGUUGCAUUCCUGCUGCACCAUUCCACCACAAUAGGUUGUUCUUUCCCCCCACUUACUCACAGUGGAAAAGAGGCUGUGGACUGAAAAAAAACAAAACAAAAAAAAACCCUGGGCUGAAAGGCCCGGGCAGGCCUGAGUGACAGGGGGGCCGGGGGAGGGCAGGGGAAGGACUAUGUGUAUCCAAGCAGCAGAGACUGCAGCCUGACGUGUGGUUUUAAUGACCAACACGCAGGUCAAAAGCAUUUUGCACAGUGUUUGUUUUCCUGUCUUGCACUUACAAAUAAGGUCUAUGGGAGUAGCAUGGAAAACGUUUGCUGUUUAUUCCUUUUUUUCCUUUUUUUUUUUUUUCCUCUGCUUUUGUUUAAAAUUUGAUCGCCUUAACUACUGUAAACAUAGCCUAUUUUUGUGCUUAAGAUACUGAAUGGAAAACUCCAUUGUGUAUUGCUGGACUGUUUUGGAAAUAUUUGGUCAAAUGUGUGUUAAUUUGGCUGUAAUGGCAUUUAAAACAAAACAAACAAAAAAAGCUGUGAAAAUGGCCUUGGAGGGUUAUCUUUAGUUACUUGAAUAGUUCCUAGGUUUUAAAAUUACAUUCUUAAGUUAGAGAAGACAAUCAGUGUCUGAGGAAAAUGGACUUUCUCUUGGAUUUUUUUGUGAUCCUUGUGAGUGAUUGCUUUUUUCCUUUCCUUAGUUUCACAUUCUUCUUUUGUUCUAAAACUUAGACUGACAUCUAGCUUUGACAAUCAUAGUAUGUUUUAUUUUCCUGAGGGGGGAAUAACUUAUAAUGCUGUUUAGUUUUGUACUAUUGGUGUGUUGGUGAAUUUUUAAACUGUGUGCUAACUGCAAUAAAUUAUAUGAACUGAGAAAUAAUUCCCUUGUCUUUUUUCCCUCUUUUAAAUUAUAGUU